AAAGAUCAAAGUGACGAUACAGCAGAGAGUAGAAAACAUAGGUUUAAGGAGGGUUUAUGGCGGCUACACGCCGUUUCGAUCUCAUCUCUCUCUUCAUGGAUCUCAAUCCUCAAUUUUUCUCGCACUUGUUCUUUCCUUUAUCUUCGCUGUCAUUUUCUCUCUGAUUUUACCGGAAAAAUUCUUAUUUAUUUAUUUAUUUAUUUUUUAUGUUCUGUAUCAUCUUCAAUCAAUCUCUGCUUAUUUAUCUACAACCCAAUUGAUCAAACCUCAAUUUCUCUUGAAAAUGUGGAGAAAUUUAACUAGACAAGCUUCUUUGAAGAAGUUGAAAUCCUCAGAUGAGUCAUGUUCUUUCCUUUCUUCUUAUAGCUCUCUUAAAUUUUAUCAAGAUUCAAACUUUACUGAGAAAAUCAGGCCUUCCGAGACCCAAACCCAUGUGAAUUAUGAGUACUCAGUAGUGGGUUUUCCACAAAGAAGGGGAUUGUUUUCUCAAAAAGAAGAAAUGGGUAUGUGUAAUUUAUCAUGUUUCAGUAACCCUUUUAGUUUUUCUGGGUUGUAUGGUUAUGCUAGAGCUUAUGGAAGUGUUGCUGAGGCCAUUGAUUCUACUGAAGAAGAAGAUAGUGACGAAAUUCAGGAAUUGAUUGAGGAGAUGAACAGAGUGAGUAAUUUGGAGUCUAAUGUCCAGCAAGCAAAGCAGCCUAAAUUGGUUGGUGGAAUGGGAGAAGGGAAGUACCAUAUGCUUCGGAGGCGACAAAUAAAGAUGGAGACUGAGGCUUGGGAAGAGGCAGCUAAGGAGUACCAAGAACUUCUAAUGGACAUGUGUGAGCAAAAGCUUGCACCCAAUUUGCCUUAUAUGAAGUCCUUGUUCCUAGGUUGGUUUGAACCUUUGCGGAAUGCGAUCGCUGCAGAGCAAGAGAUGUGUAAGGAAGGGAAGAACAGGACGGCUUAUGCCCCGUAUUUUGAUCAUUUGCCAGCGGAUAUGAUGGCGGUUAUUGUAAUGCAUAAGCUGAUGGGGUUGUUGAUGACUGGGGGAGCGGAUGGGAGUGCCAGAGUGGUCCAAGCUGCUUGCCAGAUAGGUGAAGCUAUUGAGCAUGAGGCUAGGAUACACAGUUUUUUGGAAAAGACAAAGAAGAAGAACAUAUUAAAUCAGAAUCCUGAAGAAGGAUCUGAUACUGUUGGUAAAGAACAACAGAAAUUAAGGAAAAAGGUUACCAUCUUGAUGAAAAAACAAAAGGUGCAGCAAGUGAGACAAAUAGUGAAAAGGCAUGAGGAUAUAAAACCUUGGGGCCAAGAUGCUCAAGUCAAGGUUGGCUGCCGUUUGAUUCAGUUGUUGAUGGAAACUGCCUACAUACAACCUCCAGUUGAUCAGUUAGGAGAUGGUCCACCAGAUAUUCGCCCUGCAUUUAUUCACACUCUCAAAACCAUCACGAAGAAGGAAACACACCAUUGCUAUGGAUGAAUUUUUAAUAAAUGUGAUCCUUUAGUUCGCAAAGGCCUGGAAAAAACUGCUAGGCAUAUGGUGAUUCCAUACAUGCCAAUGUUGGUCCCUCCACUAAACUGGGCAGGGUAUGACAGAGGCGCAUAUUUGUUCUUACCAUCCUAUAUAAUGCGUACACAUGGAGCAAAACAGCAACGUGAUGCAGUAAAAAGGACUCCAAAGAAGCAAUUAGAACCUGUUUUUGAGGCCCUUAAUACACUUGGUAGUACCAAAUGGAGAGUAAAUAAAAGGGUUCUUGGUAUCAUAGACAGAAUAUGGGCUAGCGGAGGCCGUCUUGCUGACUUGGUUGACCGAGAAGAUGUUCCUUUACCCGAGGAAAUAGAUACAGAAGAUGAAGCAGAAAUCAGGAAAUGGAAGUGGAAAGUUAAAUCUGUGAAAAAAGAAAACAGUGAGAGGCAUUCACAGCGCUGUGAUAUAGAACUAAAACUUGCUGUUGCGCGGAAGAUGAAGGAUGAGAAUGGCUUCUUCUACCCACACAAUCUUGAUUUCCGUGGCCGUGCGUACCCGAUGCACCCAUAUUUGAACCAUCUUGGUUCUGAUCUGUGCCGAGGCAUCUUGGAGUUUGCAGAGGGACGCCCUCUUGGCAAGUGUGGCUUACAGUGGCUCAAGAUACAUAUGGCAAAUUUGUAUGCUGGUGGUGUGGAUAAGUUUUCCUAUGAGGGUCGAAUUGCAUUUACUGAGAAUCAUUUGGAUGAUAUCUUUGAUUCAGCAGACAGACCUCUUGAAGGAAGGCGCUGGUGGUUGGGUGCAGAGGAUCCGUUUCAAUGCUUGGCAACAUGUAUUAAUCUUGCUGAAGCAUUGAGAAGCUCCUCUCCAGAGACUACUAUUUCGUACAUGCCUGUUCACCAGGAUGGUUCAUGUAAUGGCCUACAACACUACGCUGCCCUUGGGAGGGACAAGUUAGGAGCAGCUGCAGUCAAUCUUGUCGCAGGAGAGAAGCCUGCAGAUGUUUACUCGGGAAUUGCUGCUAGAGUUCUUGAUAUUAUGCGGAGAGAUGCAGAAAAAGAUCCUGCAACUGAUCCGAAUGCAUCGCGUGCUAGGCUUUUAAUUAAUCAGGUAGACAGGAAAUUAGUUAAGCAAACGGUGAUGACAUCAGUGUAUGGUGUGACUUAUAUUGGUGCCCGUGACCAAAUCAAGAAGAGGCUAAAAGAUCGUUGUGCCAUUGAAGAUGAUGAUGAGUUGUUUGCAGCAUCUUGUUAUGCAGCAAAAACCACCUUGACUGCAUUGGGUGAGAUGUUUGAAGCUGCACGAAGUAUCAUGAGUUGGCUCGGUGACUGUGCAAAGAUUAUAGCUUCAGAGAAUCAUCCAGUACGGUGGACUACUCCUCUUGGACUUCCUGUUGUGCAACCAUACCGCAAAUUAGGAAGGCAUCUCAUUAAGACUUCUCUCCAGAUCUUGACACUACAACGAGAAACUGACAUGGUCAUGGUUAAGAGGCAGAGAACAGCUUUUCCUCCAAAUUUUGUUCACUCUCUUGAUGGUUCCCACAUGAUGAUGACUGCUGUUGCCUGCAAAGAGGCAGGCUUAAAUUUUGCAGGAGUCCAUGAUUCAUAUUGGACACAUGCAUGUGAUGUUGACCAAAUGAAUAGAAUACUCAGAGAAAAGUUUGUUGAACUCUAUGAGGCACCAAUUCUGGAAAAUCUAUUGGAGAGCUUUCAAAAGUCCUUCCCCACCCUAAAUUUCCCCCCUUUACCAGAGCGAGGAGACUUUGAUCUAAGAGAGGUGUUGGAGUCUCCAUAUUUUUUCAAUUAAGCGAGCAGUUCUGCCAUGUCAAGUUCACUUGUAUGUCUGUCUCCAUCAUUUUGUGACAAGUGAUGGCACAUGUAUUCUUUGAUUCAUGGGCACGGCAAUGAAGGAGGUGAGUCCGGCAACUAUUAUUAGAAAAACUGGAGGAAGAAGGAUGGGUAUACAACUCCGGGAUUGGGCUGCCCUCCGUCCAUGAACCCGGGGUCUAUAGUUUGUACAUAAGUCCAGAAAGAUGUCCUUUCAAGUCUGAGUCGGCUUUGUGCUUUGUACUCCAUGUUAUGCUCAAGGAAGUUGGGGAUAUCACAAAUCACAGAAAAUGUGGCAGUUGGUCUUUGCCGCCUUGCAACAUAUACUAGAGGAUAGCUGUAGCGGAUUAGGAAUGUUCAAAUUGAUGAAUUGACAGGAGAAGAUUAAAUCAUCUGCGACCAUUCUCGACUUCUCCACUUCAUAAUGAUGAGGAAGGGGUUUAAGAAAUACUGUAGAUUCGCAGAUAGAAUAGUGAUGAGGAAGGGUGCCAUUUUUUUCUUUUUUCUUUUUUUUGAGACCUUUAGUAGUUGUAGCACAUUCUGUUUUGUGCUCACACAUUUGAUGAUCAAAUUUUUUGUAUUAAAAAAAAUUCUGUAUUAUUUAAGAACGAACUCAAAAUUUAUUUGUAAUACAAAAUAACAGAGGCAGUGCCAAUUCCUCUUGAAGGCUUUAUUGAAUGUUC